AUAACUUACUUUGUGACCAGCCUAUCAGAUAGGCAGGCAGUCCACAUAAAGUGGAGUAAACUGCCCUAUUUUUAUGUUACUCGUCAUAUUUCUGUGUUUUUUUUAUAUUUUAUUUUAUAGAAAUACAUUCAACAUUUAGGAAAUUCUCUUCAAGUUUUCAUGAUUGUUUUACUUCCAGGCUUCAAAGAGAAAAAAAAAGAGGAAAGAAUUAAACACUUCUCGCUUGGCAGAAGAAGGGAAAUGCACAUUAAUAUACAAAGAUGAAUUUGCACAGAAUAACAAGCCUUGAAGUCCUGCCGGAGAUCUUAGUAUCUAAAUCCUGUCAAUUACUGCUAAUAACUGUAUUGAUAAACCCUCCAAUGUAGUACCUCAGUGCAGAUCUUACAGCAUCGCCUAAGAGGGUGUGCCAUCUGUAACAGAAUAUUCAUUAUUCUGAAGGACUGAAACACUACCGUGGCUAUGGAUGAGUCCUCGGAUCAGCCUCGCUGGCUACAUACAAUCCUAACUGGUCAGGAACCACUUUCACAUUUUUCAGAGCACUCCCUUUUGCAGCCAAGUGAGGAGUCGGAUAUUUACUAUCCCAGUCAAGAUGGAGAUACAAGCUCAUUAGCAUCUUUUUACACAAGCAGCAUGCACAGUCGAGCAGCAGGUGCCUACAGACAUUCCCCAGUCCGACAGGUAUAUCCAUUAAUCAACAAUCUACAGUGGAGAGAAAACAGUCAUAGCUUGACACAUUCCUAUGCCACCAGCUGGUCUGUUGGUUCCUGCAACAAAGGUCCUAUCCCUUCUGGGAACCAUGGAGUUCUUCCGCUCUACCCGUCCACAUCAUCAGCUCCUCAGCUGGCCUCUUCUUCACACUCUACAGCUCAUCUCUUUGGACUGCCACCAACGCCACCAAAAGAGUGUCUCACAGAUUCACCAACCACUGGUAGCCAAACUGAGAAGGACAGUGCUAAGUUUACAGAUACACUGAAGACUGAGAGGACAAGUCCCUUAAACCAAAAUUACUUGACUCUUGGUUCCAUGACACCAAGCAGUCUGGCCACAGCCUUGUACACUGGAACUGCUGAAGAAUACGGUGCAGCUAUGUUUCAGCCUUCUGGGGGCCUGCUGUCUGGAAGACUUUCUCCCAAAUUUAGGAACAGCUUGCAGCUCUCUCCCUGUGAGGCCCGUGAAUGUGUAAACUGUGGUGCUACAGCCACACCCCUAUGGAGGAGAGAUGGUACAGGCCAUUACUUAUGUAAUGCUUGUGGACUGUACCACAAGAUGAAUGGACAAAAUCGCCCCCUGAUCAGACCAAAGAAACGCCUGAUUGUGAGUAAAAGAGCAGGUACCCAGUGCACUAACUGUCAUACCACUACAACCACGCUAUGGAGAAGGAAUGCCAGUGGCGAGCCCGUUUGUAAUGCCUGCGGCCUAUACUACAAAUUGCACAAUGUAAACCGUCCUCUGACCAUGAAGAAGGAAGGUAUUCAGACUAGGAACAGGAAGGUGUCUAGCAAAUCCAAGAAGAACAAAAGGGCAUCUGAUAGCUAUGCCAUGUUGGGCAAGGUAUUGUCCAUUGAGGAUGCAUCUAGCUACCAGCUGAGUCCAAUGAUGCUUCCCAGUCAUGUGGCCCCUGUAAGUCACAUGACCCCUGUCAGUCACAUGAUGCCUUUUACUCACUCUCCACAUCUUUUGGCAGCUCCCACCCCAUUACAUCCACAACCCACCCUAACUUACAGCCACCACACUCCUUCAGGUAUCAUCUCAGCUUUGGGCUAGUAUACUAUAGUUUUAUAUUUCUGGAAACUCAGGACUACAAUACUAUGGACAGAGAACAUACUUAAGGCAUCCUGGACUGAUGUUACAUGGCAGAAUUGCACUGGAGGACUUGAUUCUUUUAAAACUCUCUCUAUGACUUUGUAUUCGAAGUGUUAGAAAUAACAUGCAUGAUGACAUCUGACACCCCAUUUUUGAAAGGUGCAUUUCUUAUACAUUGUUUCAUAAAAUAUGUCAUUUUUUAUUUAUUUUGUAUGCAUCUUUAUCAGUCACUCAUAAAGGAAUAUCCCCAACCCUUUAUGACUUUUACUUCUCUAAGUGAGAUCAUGAGGCAAACUGUCAGUGAUGGCAAGAAUAUUCAGCAGUAGCAGAUUCUGGAAUAGUCUACAGAACUACACACAAUCAGAUUAAAUAUGCACACUGUUUCAUUGCCAGUGCUUCAUUUGCUAUUUUCCUGAAGUAGAUUUAUAUACGCUGAAGUACACAAAUUAAUAUAAAACAUUAUGCUAGUAGUUUAAUAAUGCUAAUACUCUGUUAUGACUCAUAAAUUCUUUUUUUAUAAUUUAUGUUGUGAACUAUCCAACCAAUAGUAACUUGCAUAUGAUCACAAAUAUGUAAAUAGUAAGCUAUCAGUCCUUUGAUAUUCUACUUACAUGGUGAUUAAUACGAUACUCCAGUGCUGAAAUAGAAGCAGCUGUGAUUAUAAAAAUAUCCAGACAAAAAUGUGUAGCUGUACCUUAUGUGCUUAAUUUUAAUAUUAAAAUAUAAAUUUUUCUUUAA